UCGUUCUCAAUUUCUCAUUCUCGCUUUCCCAAACCCUCAUCUCGCCGUCGCCCUCUCCGACUCCGGCGCCGCCGCCAUCGCCGCCGCCAUCGCCGCCAUGGGCGAGGUUGCCGAGCUCUCCCUCUUCCCUCUCAUCGACGCCCUCACCGAGUCUCAAACCCUAGAUCACGAUCAAACCCUAGAUCUCACCCCAUUUGAUGAUUUUCCACCCGGAUUCGAGAGCUACGAGGCUUUUCACAGCGGAUCCGAUUGGUUCUCCGAUGAAUUACCCCUCGCUCGCCGUGACUCUGGCCCUGUUGAUCCCGACGGUGGGGCGAUCGAGGGUUUUGAUUCCGAUCACGAGUCGUACGAGGAGCCGGUCUUUUCUCUUUCUUUUGGGCAUGAUCACAGCGUGGAGCUUGAAUGGGAGCAGAUUGAUGCGCGGCCGGUUGUGGUUGAUGAUGCGGAGGUCGUCACCAGGAAUAUUGAUUGGGAGGUGCUUCUGGCUGUGAAUGAUGCGGCGAGUAGCGUUGAUGACCAUGAGGAUUUCGUCUAUACAUCUGAGUAUGAGGUUCUCUUUGGGCAGUUUGAGGAGCAUGCGUUUUCUCUCAAAGGUCCUCCGGCCGCUAAAUCGGUUGUAGAGAGCCUUCCUUCCGUGAAGCUCUCCAAGGAGGAUGUGGAGAAGGGCAACACCACCUGCGCUGUUUGCAAGGAUGAUAUUUCGGGUGAAGAGCCAGCUACCCGGCUGCCGUGUUUGCACCAUUACCAUGGUGAGUGCAUCCUGACGUGGCUGGGGAUCAGAAACACUUGCCCUGUUUGUCGGUACGAGUUGCCCACUGAUGACGCGGAGUAUGAGAAAUUGAAAGGGAGGAGGACGGGAGGAGGUGGUAGUGGUGCUAUAGAGGAGGAAUCACAGGCAAGGUAUGAUUUUGAAAUGUUAAAUUGAAGGUUGGGUUUUGUUUAUGCAGAACUGCACCCUUGUUUUUUUGCUGGCGGAUUUGACUUGCUCGUUAUGCUAUGUUGAUGGUAUAAGAUUAUGAUGUUAAUUUGUUGUAUGAAGGAAUUUAUAUGGAGUAGUGGUAGUCAGUUUUUAUAGAGUUGUUUUGGAAUCGAAUAUUGAAUAUGUCAGAUUGAUAGCAUAUUGGUUCCUUGUUUAAUAAUGUAAUGUGAAGUAUCAUUUGAUUUGUUGCUUCCACCAAAA